AUGACUCGGAGACACGCUUAUGGACUCGACCGGCCCUGGGCCUCCCAGAUGUCCGCCCAACUGCCUGAAUCUGCCCAUGACCGCCCUACUCCAGUGCCCCGAGCUCCGGCAUCAGCCCCGACCGACGAGCCCGUUCGCCCAGAGGACUACUCGAAGCCGUUCUGCGAGUUCAUGACCUCGAAUCCCACCAUCUUCCACGCCGUCAAGUCUUUCUCCGAGGAGCUUGAGCAGCAUGGCUACAAGCCCCUCUCCGAACGUGCGGUGUGGACGCCCGAGCUGAAGCAGGGCGGCAAGUUCUACGUCACCCGCAAUGGCAGUUCGCUGAUCGCGUUCAACAUUGGCAAGGAAUACGAGAGUGGAAAUGGGAUGGCCAUUGUGGCUGGACACGUCGAUGCCCUCACGGCUAAGCUGAAGCCCGUGUCCAAGCUCCCCAACAAGGCGGGCUUCCAGCAGCUUGCCGUCGCCCCGUAUGCCGGUGGACUCGGAAAGACCUGGUGGGAUCGAGAUCUUGGCAUCGGUGGUCGUGUCCUUGUCCGCGACUCGCGGACCGGGAGGGUCGAGAAUAAGCUGGUCAAGCUGGACUGGCCCAUUGCGCGCAUCCCUACUCUCGCCGAGCACUUCGGGACCCCUGCCCAGGGUCCGUUCAAUAAGGAGACUCAGAUGGUGCCAAUUUUUGGCAUUGAUAAUUCGGAUCUGUUUGAGCAGUCAGAGAAGAGCGAGACUGGUGAUAUUAAGGACGGAACAUUUGCUGCAACCCAGCCCGAGAAGCUUGUCAAGGUUAUCGCUAAGGAGCUUGGUGUGACGGAUUAUAGCUCUAUCCUUGAGUGGGAGCUGGAGCUCUUUGAUACUCAGCCUGCUCGAGUUGGGGGCCUGGAGAAGGACAUGAUUUUUGCCGGUCGUAUUGAUGAUAAGCUUUGCUGCUACGCCGCCCACCAGGCUCUUCUAGCCUCAGAAGACAGCACCUCAACCGGCACAGUGAAGAUGAUUGGCAUGUUUGAUGAUGAGGAGAUUGGCAGUCUGCUGCGCCAAGGAGCCAACUCCAACUUCAUGAGCAGUAUUAUGGAAAGAAUCACCGAGGCUUUCGCGACCGACAACUACGGACCCAACCUCCUUUCUCAGACCGUUGCCAACAGCUUCCUGGUCUCGUCGGAUGUCAUUCACGCCGUCAACCCCAACUUCCUUAAUGUGUACCUGGAAAACCACUCGCCCCGUCUCAACGUCGGUGUGACGGUCUCUACUGAUUCCAACGGCCACAUGACCACUGAUAGCAUCAGCCACGGUCUCUUGAAGCGUGUUGCUGCUCGCUGUGGCUCCACACUUCAAGUCUUCCAGAUCCGAAACGACUCGCGCAGUGGCGGUACCAUUGGCCCAAUGACCAGCGCUCGUAUCGGAAUGCGGGCUAUCGAUUGCGGUAUUCCGCAACUGAGCAUGCACAGCAUCCGCGCUACCACCGGAGCCCUCGACCCCGGUUUGGGUGUGAAGCUGUUCAAGGGCUUCUUCGACUACUACGAGGAGGUCGACAAGGAGUUUUCCGACUUCUAA